CCGCUCUGUGAUUGGCAGGGACCUGGAGCAGGGCUUCCGUGAUAGGCUGGCGUCUCUGCGCAGUCAGUCGGAGCAGGAGAGCGAGGCGCUGCUGCAGCAGGCGGAGAGCGAGCGCCGCGCGCUGCAGGACGAGCUGCGGCUGCUCCGGGCGCAGGAGGCGGAGCUACAGGAGGAGCUUUGCAGCGCCGCACAGGAGAGCCGGCGUCUGGAGGAGGAGCUGAGGGUCGUGAAGCUGAAGCUGACCGACGCAGAGAGAUCGGUGAACAGGCUGCAGAGAGACCUGGACCAGCUGCUGCACCACAAGUUUGGCGGCUUGGACCCGGCGGGCGGCGCUCUGAGUCACGAGGAGCGCUUCUCCGACAUCAUCAGAGAGUACGAGCUGCAGCUGCGGGAGCUGCGGGACAGAAACGAUGAGCUGAGCUCAGAGCUGGAGGCGCUGCAGAGUCAGAGGACCGACAGGAAGUCCAGACGACCUGCAGGGAGCGACACCGACGCCGCUCUGAGCUGGACCCAACAACGGCCCGUCAGCACCGAGUCCGACUCUGACGACUCGGACAUGAAGCGCAGCUCGCCUCCUCUGGUCAGGAAGAAACUGCAGCCGGAAAAUAAAACGGCUCUGAGCUCUCUGGACGGGGCCCCGGGCCCCGCGGUCAGCAUUCAGACGGAGCUGGCUCUGGAGCAGCUGAAGCAGAAGCAGAGCCAGGAGCUACAGCAGCUGCGCAUCCAGCUGGAGACGCAGGUGAACUACUACGAGCGCAGCCUGGACCUGAUGAGGCAGAGCAUGGAGGUGGAGCGCAAAGACAUCUCCCAGGCCUUCAAGGUGGAGAUCAGCGAGCUGGAGGAGCAGAAGGCUCAGGCGGAGCAGCAGGUGCAGCAGCUGAAGGAGACUGUGGACAAACUGCAGCGCCAACAGGGGGGAGGAGCCGGAGGAGCAGGAGGGCGGAGCCACGAGCAGGAGCGCAGAAUGCAGCGGGAGCGCGCGGAGCUGGAGCAGAACUUUGCCCGAGAGAUCAGCAACCUGGUCCAGAGACUGAGCGCCGAGAAGGACCAGCUGGAGGCGGAGCUGAAGCUGAAGCUGGACCAGGAAGUGCUGCUGGUCAGGGAGGAGGCCGAGCAGCAGCGCUCUCAGAUGGAGCUGCAGCACGCCGAAGGCCAGCGCCGCAUCCUGCACCAGCUCCACCGGGAGCGCCGGCGGCUGCAGGAGCAGAGAGCAUUCUGGGAGGACCGGCUGGUCCAGGCGGAGCAAGUGAAGCUGCGGUGUGAAGAGCAGGCCAGGAUCUGCAGCCAGGUCUCCUCAGAGAGGACGAGGACGGAGGAGGAGGUGUCCACUCUGCAUCUGCGGGUCAGCCAAUCAGAGGCCGGCUUAAAGGAGCUGAGGGACCGCAGCGCUCAGCUGGAGGACGACCUUGCGGCGUCUCGCGGGCGCUGCGCUCAGCUGGAGGACGACCUCGCGGCGUCUCGCGGCCGCAGCGCUCAGCUGGAGGACGACCUCGCGGCGUCUCGCGGCCGCUGCGCUCAGCUGGAGGACGACCUCGCGGCGUCUCGCGGCCGCAGCGCUCAGCUGGAGGACGACCUCGCGGCGUCUCGCGGGCGCUGCGCUCAGCUGGAGGACGACCUCGACCUCGCGGCGUCUCGGCUGGAGGAGAGCGUCGCCUUCCUGGAGUCUCAGGAGGUUUUAAAUAAACGCCUGGUGGAGGAGAAGAGCUCCGCUGAGGAGGAGCUGCAGCUGCUGAAGACCCAGGAGGAGCAGCUCCUGGUCCAGGUGGCCCGGCUGAAGGAGGAGGUGGGAAACCUUCAGGCUGCGUCCGACGGGCUUCUGCAGGACCGGGACGAGGCGGUGGACAGCUGCGGCCGCCUCUCCAGCGCCUUCCUCCAGCAGGAGGCGCAGCUCAGAGCCAGGGAGCAGGAGCUGGAGGGUCUGCGGGAGGCCACCCGGAUCAAGGCUGAGGGUCUCUGCAGACAGACUGCUGAGCUGGACUCGCUGAAGACGGACCGCCACAGGCUGAUCCAGGACCUGAAGGACCAGGCCAUGGCUUUGGACAACCUGCAGCUGGAGCUGGACGGCGUCUCCGAGGAGUUGGACAGGAGGAGGGGCGCCGAGGAGAGUCUGCAGGAGGCUCUGAAGCAGGAGCAGACCAGGACCUCGCAGCUCCGGUCCAGGCUGGACGAGGAGAGGGAGGAGGUCUGUCGUCUGAGCCAGGAGAACGGGAGCUACACCCGGCUGGCCGACCAGCUCUCCACCCAGAUUGUAGAGAUGGAGGAGGAGAUCUCCACGCUCAGAGACCACCUCAGAGAGCUCAGCUCCCAGCUCAACGGGACCGCAGACCUGGUCCUGGAUCUCAGGAGGCAGCUAAACUCCAAAACCAGCGAAGUGGAUCGGCUGCGGGCCGAGGUGGCGGAAGCCAAGGCCUCGUCUGAAAAGCAUCGCAGCGACGCUGAGCAGCUGGACCGGGCCAGAGAGCAGGUCCUCCAGCUGCAGCAGGUCCUGCAGGACUCCCAGAACCAGCUGAGGACGGCUGAGGAGGACUUCCACCAGGAGAAGAGGAAGAUGAUGCAGCAGCUGAUGGAGCUGGAGAAGCUGGUCCUGGCCCUGGAGGAGGAGAUGGACCCGGCCAGCCCACACAGGACUCAGCUGGAGGAGGUCCGGUCAGAGAACGGGGCUCUGCUGGAGCGGGUGAGCCUGCUGCAGCAGGAAGUCCAGAACCUGGAGGACGACGUGGCCAAGAAGAGGAGGAGCCUGGAGGAGAUGGAGAGGGACCACGAGAGGAGCAGGGAGGAGGAGGAGCGGCUGCACAGGGAGAACUCCAGGUACCGGGAGGAGGUUCUGGACCUGAGCAGCAGAAACCUGCAGCUCAGCAACGACAACGCAGAGCUGAGCGCCCGUCUCCGGGGAGACCAGGAGGCGGUCCGGAUGCUGCAGGAGCGCCUGGCGAUGAUCUCCAAGGAGCAGGAGGAGGCGGGAGCAUCGGUGAGCCAAACUCUUCUUCAUGUUCCAGCGGGAUCAGGUUCAGGUGUUGUGCGUUUCAGGUUCCCGCGGGAUCAGGUUCAGGUGUUGUGUUUCAGGUUCCCACGAGAUCAGGUUCAGGUGUUGUGUUUCAGGUUCCUGCGGGAUGAGGUUCGGGUGUUGUGUUUCAGGUUCCUGCGGGUUCAGGUUCUGGUCUUGUGUUUCAGGUUCCCGCGGGAUCAGGUUCGGGUGUUGUUUUUCAGGUUCCUACGGGAUCAGGUUCCUGCGGGAUCAGGUUCUGGUGUUGUGCGUUUCAGGUUCCUGCGGGAUCAG